AUGGGUAGACGGAAAAUUCAAAUAAAAACCAUAGCGGAGAAGAGAAGUAGAACCGUGACCUUCUUCAAGCGAAAAUCUGGUCUUUUGAAAAAAUCAAAAGAGCUCUCCAUCCUUUGCGGGGCAAGGGUUGGUUUGAUCAUCAUCAGCGAAACGGGCAGACUUUAUGAGUUUUGCUCAACAGACAUGAAGGAUUUAAUAGAUACCUAUCUUUACGAUCCAACCAUUAAACAUGUCACCAAAAACACUAUAAACGAUGCUGAACUGGAUGAUAUCAGGGCAUGUAUGAAAAGCGAUGAUGAAUCAAACGAGAGUGAAAUAAAUUCGAACGUUGUUAGGCGAUCGGAUUCAGUGACUGAGCCCGAGAUAGGAGAGACUCCUACUUUCGGUGUAAAUAAACACGUGCCCACGGAGCCGCUACAUUCAGUAAAUGGCCACGCCGACACUUCGAUGAAUUCUACGAAGCGUGAUUCCAUUACCAAAACUUCUAGUACCUCGGGAAGCUCCCCGGGGAAAGUGUUACUUUCUCAGAUAUUAAACAAUGAUUCUAAAAAGACACAACCGGCUAUACCAACACUUUCGAUAAAUCAACACGACCAUACAUCUAGUUACCUAAACAACGAUAGAACGGGAGCAGUACAACCUUCUUCCCUCCCCUCUCCUGAACAAAUGCUAAGUGGUAGGCAAAGCUCGGUGACAUCUCAGUCUGCCGAUGUGAAUACUCAAUACUCACAACAAAGUUUAACAUCGAAUCGGAGUGUUCUGACCAUAGAUACCAGAUUGACCCCUCAAAAUAUACAGCCCCUAUCACCAUAUUAUGGAGAAUAUUUCGUUAUGCCACAAAGGUCUUUCAUCGGAAAUCCGGUCUCUGCGUAUCCAACACCGAAUCCCUAUAUGGGACAAUAUAACAGCCCUGCCAACACCAACGGCGUCCAAAUGACAACAGCAGGAAUAACAUACACAAACUACUUUAACGGAUACCCACCCAUACCACAAAAUAGGAAUGCAGUAAAGUACUAUCCGCCGCAACUCGUGGACGCGUAUGGGAACCCAUCAGACCCUCCAUCAAAGGACUACGAUGGGUACACGAGGUAA